GAGCGCGGGACGUGACGUAGGUGGCCCCGGGGACCCCCCCCCCCGGGUCCGGGCGCGGCGGGAUCGGGGGGUCCCGCGCCGGGAGCGGGGGGACGGCGGGGGGGGGUGACCGCUGGGAUGUGCCUGAGCGGGGAGAGGGCACCCUGGGGUCGGGGCUGGGUGGGAUCGGGGGGGGGAUCCCCAGGGAUUGGGUUGUGCUCGAUCCGGGGGAUCCCUUGGGAUGAAGCAGGGAUCCCCCGGGAUUGGGGCUGGGCGGGAUCCGGGGGAUCCCUUGGGAUAAGGGGGGAAUCACCUGGGAUUGGGGCUGGGCGGGAUCGGGAGGAUCCUCAUGGACCGGGGGUUGGAUCCGCUGGGGUCAGGCUGAGCAGGAUCGGGGCAGGGGGGAUCCCCUGGGAUUGGGGCAUCCCUGGCAUUGGGCUGAGCAGGAUCGGGGGGGGAAUCACCUGGGAUGGGAGCAGUGCGGGGUCGGGGGGGUCCCGGGGCACGGACGCGCUCCUCUCCGGGCAGGAUCCCAGGGUCCCGGUUGGCGGCUCAGGGAUGCGCCUGGCCGGGGCCAUGCGCCUGGUGCGGUUCCGGGGGCCGGGGGGGCCCGAGCCCCGCCUGGGGCUGGAGGUGACGCCCGGGGGGGACGCGCUGGUGGAUCUGAGCGCGGCGGAGCCUGCCCUGCCCCGCUCCAUGCGGGAGUUCCUGCACACCGGCACCAGCGGGCUGGCCGCGGCACAGAGGGCGCUGGAGUCGGGGGGUCACCGGGUGCCGCGGGGCACUGUGCAGCUCCUGGCACCCGUGGGUGACCCCGAGAAGGUGAUCUGCGUGGGGCUCAACUACCGCGACCACUGCCUGGAGCAGGACGUGAAGGUCCCCAAGGAGCCCAUCAUCUUCAGCAAGUUCCCCAGCGCCAUCAUCGGGCCCUUCGACGACAUCGUGCACCCCGAGGACAGCACCGAGGUGGACUGGGAGGUGGAGCUGGCCGCUGUCGUGGGGAAGAAGGGGCGGCACAUCGAGGAGGCAUCGGCAAUGGAGCAUGUCGUGGGCUUCAUGGUGGGCAACGAUGUCAGUGCCCGGGACUGGCAGAUGAACAGGAACGGGCGGCAGUGGCUGCUGGGGAAAACCUUCGACACCUUCUGUCCCCUGGGGCCAGCCCUUGUCACCAAGGAGGCAGUGCCGGACGUCCACAACCUGCGCAUCAGCUGCAGCGUCAACGGGCGGGUGAUGCAGGACAGCAACACCAACCAGCUCAUCUUCCGCCUGCCCAGGCUCAUCGCAUGGGUGUCCCGCUUCGUCACACUGGUCCCUGGGGACAUCCUGCUCACGGGAACCCCCCCUGGGGUGGGCUGCUUUCGGAAGCCCCCCGUGUUUCUGAAGAGAGGAGACGAGGUGCGGUGCGAGAUCGAGGAGCUGGGAGUCAUCUGCAACAAGGUGGUGUGAGGAUGGGGACGGGACCUCGCGCCCCCCAGAACACCCUUGUGGGGCUCAAUAAAGCAGGAGCUGGGGCAGGACCUGCUCCCAGUGCUCCCGGUGGCACAGCA